AUCAUAACAAAAUGGUGUCGUAAAAUUUCGACAAAGUACAAUAUUUUGUACGGUUUUCAAUAAUUUUACAAUGAGGCUGAUGUUUAACUGGAAAGAUAGGAUACCUAUUGUGAAAUGGUUACCGAAAUAUUCAUUUUAUUCAUUCCAAUGCGAUUUUAUUGCAGGCAUCACGGUCGCAUUGAUGGUGAUCCCACAGGCUCUUGCCUACGCUGUAAUAGCAGGUUUGCCAACCCAGUAUGGUUUGUAUAGUGCUUUUAUGGGAGGCAUUGUCUAUUGCCUGCUCGGUUCAAGCAAAGAUUUAGCCGUUGGUCCGGCAGCAAUCAUGGCCUUAAUGGCUGGAACAUUUGGCCGGAAAGAUGACCCAAAUUUUGCCAUAACUUUAAGCUUGUUUUGCGGUGUUAUAUUGCUAUUCAUGGGCCUUCUAUCACUUGGGUUUAUCGUCCGUUUAAUCCCUGUGCCUGUUAUCAGUGGUUUUACAUCGGCUGCAUCGAUUAUCAUAGCAUGUGAACAGUUGCCAAAUUUGCUCGGAUUAACUGCAGACUCUGACGAGUUUUUCAUAUUGCUGAAGGACACUUUUAGUAACAUAUCAAAGACAAAAAUAUUAGAUCUUGUGCUUGGCCUGAUUUGCAUGGUAAUACUCGAGAUUAUGAGGAAUUUCAGUAGAAUUCAGUGGCCUUCUGCAACUGAAUUUCCUCCAACGUGGUCGCAGAAAAUUGCUAGGAAGUUUAUCUGGGUUAUGGAAAUUGGAAGGAAUGCUGUUGUUGUGUUUUCAUGUAUGUUGGUAGCAUAUGCAUUUCAUUGCCAGAACAUGCACCCAUUCUCAUUGACUGGCAAGGUUGAAGAAGGUUUACCACCAUUUAAGGUACCAAAACUAAAAUCUGGAAAUGGAAAUAGCACCAUACCCACCUCUACAAUGCUUUCAGACAUUGGCGCCGGACUUGUCAUUGUUCCAAUGAUCGCCUUUUUAACAAGUAUUGCAAUUGCACAAUCAUUUUCAAGAAAGAAUAAUUAUAAUGUCAACCCAAGUCAAGAAUUGGUUGCACUCGGAGUGGCAAAUGUAGCCAAUUCUUUUGUAUCUGGUUUUCCAAUUGCUGGUUGUUUUUCAAGAACUACAGUAAAUUCUUUGAGUGGUGUUGCCUCUCCAUUUGGAGGUGUGGUCACGAGCUGUGUGGUACUACUCGCUCUCAGCAUUCUCACGCCAUUCUUCCAAUAUAUCCCCAACGCUACUUUAGCUGCAGUAGUGAUUGUCGCUGUUCUGCGUACAGUAAACAUUCGUAUCAUCAGAAAGAUUUGGCGAAUUAGAAAAAUCGAUGUUGUCCCAUUGAUUGUAACGUUCUUUGCCUGCUUGUAUGAAAUUGCGAUUGGAAUUGCAUGCGGCAUUGCAGUGGCGUUAAUUAUCCUACUGUACCGUCACUUUUCACCGAGAGUCGAUUUCCAAAAAGGGGAAAUAUGCUAUAUUAGGCUGGACGGUGGUCUGAGCUACAUGGGGAUACAGUAUGUUAUUACGAAGGUCAGGGAGGUUGCCAUCCUGAAUGACCCGCAGCCUGAAACCGUCGUAAUUGAUUGCGCUUCGAUGUUCGAAUGCGAUUUUACCGUGAGUCAAGGCUUCUUGCAAAUUGUUCAAGAUUGCCAACACGAUCACAUCGACGUGGUUCUUUUCAAUACGCAAGAUAAUGUGAAGAGGAUGUUGAUGAACGAUGGUUUAUCAGCUGAGCUGUUUAAAAACGAUACUGACGGAGAAUUUUCGCGUUUGUUGGGCGACGACAAAGAGAGGAACGGUAUUCUUGGUAAUAUGAAUCCUUCCUUGAAAAAUAUCAACAUUUAAUAUUUAUAUGCCGCCGGGCCUCUCUAAUACUGACGUAAAGAAAACUUCGUUCUUAAUAGUAUGUAGAAGUUGACGAACCCCUUUUCCAAGGCAUUCUCCUAAUUUGCUCUCAAGUAGGUGGGGAAUAAUCUAGGGAUUGGCUGGCCCGCGUUGGCUGAUUCUUUUUUAAUUUAUUGCGAUUUUUCUUGAUUAUUCCAAAUUGGAGUGUUGAAUGAGCAAUGGUGUACCUAAAUAGACUUUAAAUAACAGGUGAAACACCAGAAUUUUCUUUUCGAACUUCGAAAAUCUCCAAAUCCAGGUUUAAUUUUUAUCCAAAAGAUAAAAAUACGAUUGAUUAAGACAAAGUUAAGUCUUAAUAAGAAAGUGAAUUUAUAUAAAACAUAUUUAAUAUUUAACUUAAAAUUAAAAAGAAAUCCUUUUACAUCUGGCACAAUUAAAAACAUGCGGUAUUUUAUAUUAUAAGGUGGUGGGAAAAUAUUUGAAAUAUGUGCUAUGUAAGUUGAAUUUAUUACUUUGAAUACUUUGAAACUUUCAUGCAAAUCUCUGACGUAAGCGUUCUGACCCACUGAUCUACAUGCAAAGUCGGUAAUAGGCGGCAGUGAAGAAUAUAUUUUGAGGGAUGUUUAUUUGUAAAGAAUGUUCGAAAUGCUAAGAAAAUGUGCAGAUCGUAAGAGAGGUUCGCAAUUGAAAACUAAAGAUGUGCCGGGAGUUGAAUUGCAUUGCGAGUUGCAAGGAAAGUUGCAUAGUGUAACAGCGCCUUCAGAGCAUUGCAUGGGAAGUUACUAGGCCACUGUUUUACGCAAUGCCAUACAAGUCUAAGGCGUAAUAAGUUAAGCCCUCCUCUGAAACGUUGCGUAUAUACCUUAAAUUUUCUAACAGCUCAGCUCUGCGCCUGAGAAAUUAGAAAUGUGCGUUUAUAUGAAGGUCUAUGUAUUUAUUACAAAUGCAAAUUUGCUAAAUGAAUUCACAAUUGACCGUAACGAAAAAGAUGGCGGCAUGUACAUUUUACCAGAAUGCAUUGCGGGCAUUAAGAAUAAUUGACUGAAAAAA